GAUCAACGACACGCUUCAGUUGGCCGAUAAUCUCAUCUUUUAUCCAGCCUUCCUCUUUCAGGAGGGCCACCUCGUCCUCAUGUUUCAUCUUCAAGUAGAUAAUAUAGUGAACCUGGCUCUGUAAGUCUGAUUGAGCUUUAAGCCUGAGAGCAAUCUCGGCCCGAGUUCUGGAUUUGGCAGCCAGCUAGAGGUUUUCCAUUUCACGAGUAAGGGAAACUUGAAGAUCUCUGCUUUCAGUCAUCUCUAGUAAGACUUCAUCUUUGUUAGUCAAUAAUUCCGUUAGAUGGGCAAUUUGUUGAGGCAAAGAAGUGAGUCCGCUAGAUUCCACUGCAAGUUCCAUGGAAGCUUGAUAUUCUAUUAACAAGAGGGUAGCCUGAAAAGAUAAUGGAAGUAUGUGCGGACAUUUUAAAGGGGAGUAGAAGGUGAAGGGAUUACAUUGGAACCUUAAACGACAUUUUGGGAAAUAGUAGGGUAUUUAUAAGACAAGGGCAUAAUCGGAAAUCGAAGAGUCAUCGCGCAUACAUUAACAUCUAGGCUAUCUCUUACAAAAUGUGAUAAAGUUUAAGCAGGACAUUGGAAAAAAGGCCAUCCAGUAAGCAAAUGUAGGGCAGAUGCCAGGAAUCUAGAUCAGGUGACAAUAGGAUUCGGGUCUAGUCAGUCGGACUAGAUCCUCCUUCGACUAGACUUGAGGGGGAGGCUUGUGAUACGAUAUAUGAUCGUGGGGUCGACGAGAUGAGGUGGUCGCGAGUCAAGACCACAAGAUGGUCAAAAGUCAAUCUUACGUAUUGGUCAGAAGUCAAGCUUAUGUGAUGAUCAGAAGUCAAGCGUAUGUGGCGGUCGGAAGUCACACCUACAUGGAGGUCAUAAGUUAGGCCUACGUAGGGGUCAAAAGACUAGCUUGCGCGAAGGUCAAAGAUUCGACCUACGUGUAGUGUAAGGGGCCUACGUAUUGGUCAGAAGUCAAGCUUACGUGAUGGUCAGAAGUCAAGUGUAUGUGGCGGUCGGAAGUCACGCCUACAUGGAGGUCAUAAGUUAGGCCUACGUGGGGGUCAAAAGACUGGCUUCCGCGAAGGUCAAAGAUCCGACCUACGUGUAGUGCAAGGGGCCCAGUUGCAAGAUGGGCUAGGUUAGGCACGAAUGAUGUCUUAAGAAUGGACAUAACGUACAGAUCGGGAUUGGCCAACCAAGGAUACAGGUCGGGGUUUCUAGCCUUGCGGCACAGGACAUAACGUACAGGUCAGGAUUGACCAACCAAGGAUACAGGUCGGGGCUUCUAGCCUUGUGGCACAGGACAUAACGUAUAGGUCGGGAGUGGCCGACCAAGGAUACAGGUUGGAGCUUCUAGCCUUGCGGCCCAGGACAUAGUGUACAAGUCGGGAUUGACCAACCAAGGAUACAUGUCGGGGCUUCUAGCCUUGUGGCACAGGACAUAGCGUACAGGUCGGGAUUGGCCAAUCAAAGAUACAGGUCAGGGCUUCUAGUCUUAUGGCACAGGACAUAGCGUGUAGGUCGGGAUUGACCAACCGAGGAUACAGGUCGGGGCUUCUAGCCUUGCGGCACAGGACAUAGCGUACAGGUCGGGAUUGGCCAACCAAGGAUACAGGUCGGGGCUUCUAGCCUUGCGGCCCAGGACAUAGCGUACAGGUCAGGAUUGGCCAACCAAGGAUAGAGGUCGGGGCUUCUAGCCUUGUGGCACAGAACAUAGCGUACAGGUCGGGAUUGGCCAAUCAAGGAUACAGGUCGGGACUUCUAGCCUUGUGGCACAGGGCAUAGCGUACAGGUCGGGAUUGACCAACCGAGGAUAUAGGUCGGGGCUUCUAGCCUUGCGGCACAGGACAUAGCGUACAGGUUGGGAUUGGCCAACCAAGGAUACAGGUCGGGGCUUCUAGCCUUGUGGCACAGGACAUAGCGUAUAGGCCAGGAUUGGCCAACCAAGGAUAUAGGUCGGGGCUUCUAGCCUUAUGACACAGGACAUAGUAUACAGGUCGAGAUUGUGUCAAUUGACGGAUACAGGUCGGGAUCCAGGAUAAGCGGAAGCACACCGAGGCAUACAGGUCGGGACCCAGGGCAUGUGCAGGUCCAGAUGCAUAAAGCAAUAGAGGAUAGCUACAGGUCUGCGCUCACAGGUCGGGACCAGCAAAUACAAAGAGCCAGUACAGGGAUAACGAGAAGAGGAGGCCGGACGCUACACGACAAGCAGUCUAAGAAAUCGUAACCACCUGUCAGAGAAUAAUCACUGCCCGUCAGAGAAUAUGCCAAUGGUCGGGUACUCACAGCACUCUGGUUCCUCCCUGGACUUAUAAAAAGACACCAUGUGUCAUCUACCGCCAGACAAAGCCAGACAUCUGACAUUCCCUGACACCCGUCAGACUCCAGAAGCAUCCGUUGCGGUAUAAAAGGGAUGUUUUGCCCCUUACGCAGGUACGCUCACUCGUCAUUUCUUACUCGUCUUUACUUUUCGUCCUUUCUCUUUGCUUCUGGGGAAAAAGUACUUGACUUGAGCGUUGGAGAGCCUGACCCGGAGACUUUUUCCCUGGUUCUGGUCUCUAACGACUUAGGGGUUCGUCUGAGUGUGUGCAGUAUCCUUGCUUCACCAUCCCCGUCAUCCGUUCGUGUCAAUGCUCCCGGCGGGUGCUAGAUCGACCAGGCCUCACAGUAACUUUCCGUCAACCUCGACUCCAAUAUCAUCCGCUUCUGUCUGUCUCAGCUUCUAGAUAGGAUCAUCCUUAUUUCUAUGUUAGAAAUUGAGAGGUGCUGUCCCUUUACGCAACGAGAGACCACAACCACCGACCUUUCUCUAAUUUCUUACGCCACUCGAUCGACAACCAGCCAAUGCGCCGUACCCAUUGGGAAUUCAUGAACUGCAUGCUGCAUCCAUGAUUUCUCCUUGAUUUGGUCCGUGAGCUUUCUCCCUCUCUUUCUCGCUCUGAAAACACAUGUACCGCCAAGACGCAUCCAUGGCGGCCCUUCAUCCUCACAUGCCACCAAAAACCAUAUAAAAAGGUCACUAUCUCCAUACCUUUCGUCUUCAAUCCUGCUUUCUAUCCUCUCCCAGCAAUCUUUAUUACUCCAUUUAAAUCCGUCCAUCGACAAUUCGAUCGCCAGCUCCAUCCAUCUUAAACUAGAAGAAGUUCAUGAAUAAUUGUUCUCGAUCUCAUACUAGCUCUCUUUUCGGUUCAAUCCUCAAAAGAAGCACCUGCGUUUCUUUCUCUGUUCAUUUCUCUGAUGAUCUUACCUUCAGAGUCAGACAUAUAUGAUCAAAUUAUUCUCGUGUUGUUUGGAUUAUCAUAAUCGUAGUAGCUGAAUACCUUUAGAGUCAGAUAUCGAUCAAAGCCCUCUUUUUUGCUCUCGAUCUGUUGCUUGCUUAUCUACUUAAUUAAUUACCUAUGCAUGAUGCAAUAUUUCACUAGUGCACCGGUACUGCCUCCUGCUCCUUUGCUUCCCAAUGGCGACGGGAUAGUCUUCUACUCCGACGACGACGACGAAGCGGCCUCCUCCUCAUCGAAGCCGCAUAGCUGCUUGCAGUACUUGCCGCAGCAUCACUCGUGGCCUUGGCUGCCUGGCCUCGUCUCCUCCUCCUCCUCCUCCUCCUCGCCGAAGCCGGAUAUCGGUGUUGGAGGAGGCAGCAUAAGCAGCGCCGGCUGCAUGGAGCAACUGCUGGUGCAUUGCGCCACCGCCAUCGAGGCCAACGAUGCCACCCUGGCCCAACAGAUCAUCUGGGUUCUCAACAACAUAGCUCCCUCCGACGGCGACUCCGAUCAGCGCCUCGCCUCCGCCUUCCUCCGCGCCCUCAUCGUCCGCGCUUCCAAGACCGGUUCCUGCGAGAAUAUGCUCGUCGCUGCGGCCGCCGGCGGCACCAACCUCGCCCUCUAUCUCCACCGCUUCUCCGCCGUUGACCUGGCCAGCUUCAUCGAUCUCACCCCUUGGCACCGCUUCGGCUUCGCCGCCGCCAACACCGCCAUAGCCGAGGCCGUCGAGGGGCUGCCGGCGGUCCACCUCGUCGAUCUCGGGACCACUCACUGCAUGCAGAUGCCGACGCUCAUCGACCUGCUGGCCAAACGGCCCGAGGGCCCUCCUCUGCUACGCCUCACCGUGCCGGCCCUCACCGCGACGGCUGCGCCGCCUUUGCUCGACAUGUCGUACGACGAGCUCGGCGCGCGGCUGGUCAACUUCGCCCGGUCGAGGAACAUCCAGAUGGAGUUCCUGGCGGUCCCCUCCGAUCCGACCGAAGCAUUCGCCACGCUGAUGGAGCAAGUGAGAGUCCGGCGACUAGUCACGCAAGGGGAAGCUGUCAUCGUGAAUUGCCACAUGAUGCUGCACUGCAUCCCCGAGGAGACGGCGGCCGCCGUGCUCAGCUCCCCCUCGCCGACGCUGUCUCCGCGGAGCACGUUCCUGAAGACGCUCCGAGGGCUAGAACCCACGCUGGUGACCGUCGUCGACGAGGACGCGGACCUGACGCCGUGCGACCUCAUGAGGCGGCUGCGCGCCGCGUUCAACUACUUGUGGAUACCGUACGACGCGGUGGAGACGUGCGUCGGGAAGGGCAGCGAGCAGAGGCGGUGGUACGAGGGAGGGGUGUGCUGGAAGAUCGAGAACGUGAUCGCGCAGGAGGGGACACAGAGGGUGGAGCGGCAGGAGACGAAGGGGAGGUGGGCGGGGAGGAUGCGGGCGGCAGGGUUCCGGUCGGUGGGUCUGACGGAGGAGGCCGCGGCGGAAGUGAGAGGGAUGCUGGACGAGCACGCCGCCGGCUGGGGAAUGAAGAGGGACGACGACCAUGAUCUCACGCUCACAUGGAAGGGACACAACGUUGUGUUUGCCACAGCCUGGAUUCCGGCGCCAUGAUCGAUCCAAAGUACUAAACUCUACGUUGUUGUUGCUCUAUUAAUUAUAUUCUUCAUUUACUGCUGCUUUGCCAUUACUGAUUAAUCAGUUAUUAAUAUGUAUUACUGAAAGAACAUGAAAGAUCCAUCCAUCAUUCAUAUA